AUGAAAGGAUUGUACACCACCUUGGCUACAAAGUUACAAGGCGAGGAGACAACUUUGAAAGCGAUGGCUGUCCCACAAGUUGACAAGAAAAUGCUUGGUGAACUUGAAGUUAUGGGAUUCCCCGCCGUUCGUUCAAUUAGGGCACUUCAUUAUUCUGGUAAUUCCAAUCUUGAAUCUGCGAUAAAUUGGCUUCUGGAACAUGAAAGUGACCCAGACAUUGAUCAGCUACCAUUGGUUUCAAGAGAAAUCAGCAUUGAAUGUGGUGACACAUCAAGCGAAGUGAGAAACAGCGUUCAAGGAAUGAGGACCCAUGCCCAGGCGAGAAAACCAGAAGAGCAAACUACAGCUGGAAGUCAGAAGGAGACUUCAGAGGUGGAAAGAGAACUCAAUGCCAAUGAACAUGAGGAAGAGGAUAGAAAGAGGGUUUUAGCACUACAUAAGUCAAAGCGUGAUGAGGAAGAAAAAGCACGAGGGAGAAUCAGAAAUCAACUUCAGGAGGAUAAGAGGGAGAGGAUUCAAGCUGCUAAAGAUGUUAUCGAAGCAAAACGGACUCUUGAAGAAAAUCAAAGAAAACGCAUGAUGGAAAGUCGAAAAGCAGAACAAGAGGAGGAGAAAAGAGCAAGAGAGAGAAUCCGUCAGCGUAUAGAGGAUGAUAAGGCAGAAAGAAGGAGAGGGCUUGGUUUGCCACGGGAAAAUACAGUAGCAUCAGCUCCGAUAGUAACUCUCGCAAAGGUAAAACCUAUUGAACCAGUUGUAACAUCAGAACAAUUGAGAGAUUGCCUACGAACUCUGAAAAAGAAUCACAAGGAUGACAACGCUAGAGUGAAAAGAGCAUUCCAAAUAUUGCUGAAGAUAGUCGCCAACAUAGUAAAGAACCCAGAAGAGGAGAGGUUCAGGAGGAUUCGACUAAGCAACCCUGUUUUCAAGGACAGGGUGGGUAAUCUGCAAGGCGGCGUAGAGUUCCUGGAGCUGUGCGGGUUCCAGAAGCUCAGGAACAACAGCUACCUGGUCAUGCCGAGGGGCAAGGCCGACGUGGCGCUCCUCAACGCGGCGGGGGUCGAGAUCGCGUCUGCCAUGGAGAAUCCCUACUUUGGGCUGCUCUCCAAGUGA